AUGGAGACCAUCACAAUUCCAAGUCCCUCAGCGUUUCUGAGAAAGUCACCAGCCAGCGACUCCACGCCGGUUCCCAACCCAGCUCCGAUUCAACCGAUCACGAAUGCUGGAGGGAGACCCCUCGCAAGCUCUGGCCGAACUCCCACUACGUCCGGGGUCCAGAAUGGGGGAAUCACAAAGCCCAAGCAGAGCAAGAGCCGGAAUGGGUGCAUCACGUGCAAGGGGAAACGAUUGAAAUGCGAUGAGAGCAAGCCAACAUGCGAGCAAUGCCGAAAGCGCAACGUGCAAUGUGGCGGGUAUAGUAAAGCAUUCAAAUGGAGGUCUUUUGAGGAAGCCAAUUUCACGGGCAAAUCUGGACCCAAGCCCAAGAAGGUGUCCCCUCCGCCGCCGCCUUCGACUUUCAGGAAUAUAUCUGCCCAGGCGCCGUCGGCUUCGAGCCCUUCGAACGAUUCUAAUGCGGGCCCUUCACCCGUACCUGAGGCAGAUGGUGGCUUCAAAGCAAUUGGCAGCCCGGAUGCUUUUCGCGAUCCGUACCUGAUGCCAAAUCAUUACACCGGAUUUCCCACCCCAAUUUCGCCUCAUUUCUCCAAGGACAUCGACUACAUACCGCAAUCACAGACACAGAACGUUUAUGAGCACCAGUCAGUUGUCAAUCCGUAUGCAUCAGACAAUUCUCCCCAGGCUCAACCAAACGCAAACCAUCUUUCCCAGCCGAGACCUAUACACCCAGCACACCAUCCCUCUUCCUUUCCCUCCGGCUCACCUACUUUACGAGAUAUCUUGUUGCCCGGGACGGAUCUAAAUUCUCCCCCGCCUCCAAUAGAACUUCGACCACCGCAGUCGCCCUUGCCAUAUAUGCCUAGUGGCUAUACGCCACCCGCUGAUGUCGAUGGAGCAGUAGAUGAUGACGAGGAUGUCGAAGAAAUUGUGCGUAGAGACGAUCCGAUGAUGAAUCUGGAUCAGCAGCAACGUAUCAUGUCCAAUAACUGGUCAUUCCGCCUACCGUCUACCUCUCCAAGCCCGUCGGAGUCAUCAUCCUCGUCCAGCUCUUCCAUCAUGGACCUAUGGGCGCAGCCAAGACUUCCAAGCAGCUCUCCAGAAAUGCUUCUGGUGCAGUUCGAUCGGCAGACUUGUGGCAUCCUGUCUGUCAAGGACGGGCCAAACGAGAAUCCUUGGAGAACUGUGUUAUGGCCAAUGGCACAAGAGUCGAAGCAUUUGUAUCAUGCAAUUGCGGCCUUGACAGCCUUCCACAGCUCCAAGGCGGCACCGGAACUUCGGAUGGACGGGAUGAAGCAUAUGCACAAAAGCGUGACCAACCUUGCCACUUCUCUGCACGAUAUGAGGUUCGAUGACCCACUCAGCUCGAACGAGGUGGAUGCCGCUUUGGCUACUACCCUUGUCUUGGCCUUUAGCGAAAGCUGGGACCGGCAUGUAAGCAGUGGUAUCGAGCAUCUCAAGGGAGCCAAAUAUUUUGUCAAUCAAGCUGUCAUUAAGCAUCAAAAUGCUGUGCAGACGGGCAGAAGCAACAUGCAGCAACUCCAUCGGUUGAGGUUUUUGUGUAAUACGUUUAUCUACAUGGACGUGAUUGCACAGUUAACCAGUUUGAAAGAGGACGACUUUGACGAUCUGGACAAUGUGUUGGCCACUUUUAACCAACCCUUUGAUAAUAUGCUGGAGAUCGAUCCUCUUAUGGGGGCCGCAAGUACACUUUUUCCCCUCAUCGGCCGCGUAGCUGCUAUUGUGAGGAGGGUGCGGAAGUCCAGCACUAAUUCUUUUACACUCAUCAGUGACGCGAUCGAGUUGAAGAGAAGGAUUGAGCAGUGGCAACCACCAGCACCUGUGAGCUUUGAGAUACCGGAGGAUCCCACGAGCGAGGUACAGCAUAGCGUCCAGACGGCAGAAGCAUAUCGAUGGGCUACUUUGUUGUAUCUUCAUCAAGCCGUGCCCGAGAUUCCCUCCGACCCGGCAAGCAUUCUGGCCAACACGGUCCUGAAGUAUCUGGCCACCGUUCCUCUGAGCAGCCGAACCAUCAUCAUCCAAAUCUUUCCUCUUUUGGCAGCCAGUUGUGAAGCCAUAACUCAAGAGGACAGGCAAUGGGUCAGAAAUCGAUGGGCAGCCAUGUCCGCCCGGCUGUCGAUAGGCAACGUUGACAAAUGUUUCGAUGUGGUCAAAGAAGUGUGGGAUCGAAGAGACCGCUUCGAAGCAGCGAAGGCAGAUCGGCUGUUGAGAAGGCAAGCUACCUGGUGUGUCCCAAUGAAUGAAACCCCUUCGCCAAUUUCUGUUCGGGGUACCAAGCGCAAGAUGUCGGAUGCAGACAACACCACUCCUGGUGUCUUCUUCAACGGAUCGGGUGGGUCUGGCUUCGCUACUGUGGUUGAGGGCUCCUUCUCGAAGCGAAGAGCCAUGACCGACCAGAAUGGACUGCCACAUUCAGUCCGCUUGGACGAUGAAGGCACUGCAGCUUCAAUGCACGUGGAUUCUUACCGAGGAGCAAGCGUGCCACAAUUUCCAAAGCAAUCCCCUUUACCCUUACCAUCUUUAGCGCGGAAGGGGUCAAUGGAAUCGCCAUUGGAGAGCAUAGAAUUCGAAUAUACCGUGCGAGGUCGACUGCACUGGAUCGGUGUCAUGAGCGACUUUGAGUGGGAAGGUAAACAGUCUACUUUUGUUGGCUAA